GCUACUGCUCUUACCUCUGUUGGCCAGACCGAGACUGCUGUCCGUAUUCGCCAGCAAAUUGAGGAUCUUAAUGCCAGAUGGCGCGCCCUUGAAGAACAGACCGAGCAACGUGAGCAGCAGCUCGGUUCUGCACAUGAAGUACAGCGCUUCCACCGCGACGUCGACGAGACCAGAGAUUGGAUUCAGGAGAAGGACGAUGCUCUUGAUUCGGAUGACUUCGGACGUGAUCUCCGAUCAGUUCAAGCUCUUCAGCGUAAACACGAGGGUGUCGAAAGAGAUCUUGCUGCUCUUGGUGAUAAGAUCAAGAGCCUGGAUGAGAAGGCCAAUCGUCUUCGUCAGAGUCACCCAGAGGCUGCAGAACAGAUCUACGACCUGCAGCGCGAGCUCAAUGAGCAGUGGAACAGACUCACGGCCAAAGCCAACAACCGCAAAGAGAAACUGCUUGAUUCUUAUGACUAUCAGAGAUUCUUAUCCGAUUAUCGCGAUCUUAUGCAGUGGAUAUCUGCCAUGAAUCAACUUGUGAGCAGCCGAGAACUUGCAAAUGACGUAACAGGUGCGGAAGCGCUUCUGGAAAGGCAUCAAGAAUAUCGUACAGAGAUCGAUUCGCGUGCUGCAACAUUCCAUGCCUUUGAACAAUUUGGCAAUCAACUUCUCAACAACAAUCAUUACGCUAGCGAGGAUAUUGCCAAGCGUUUGAAUGAUGUGAAUGCAGCUCGUCAAGGACUUGAAGAUGCUUGGGUGGCUCGCCGUAACAUCCUUGACCAGUGUCUUGAGCUGCAGCUCUUCUACAGAGAUUGUGAACAGGCUGACACCUGGAUGUCUGCCAGGGAAAACUUCUUGGCCCAGGAAGAUCCAACUGGCGACAAUGUGGAGUCUCUGAUCAAGAAACAUGAAGAUUUCGAUAAGGCCAUCAACAGUCAACAGGAGAAGAUCACUGGUUUGCAGCAAUUCGCUAAUCAGCUGAUCAACAGCAAUCAUUAUGACAAGGAUGCGGUGGCUCGCAAACGCGACAUGAUUCUCGAUAGAUGGGAGCGUCUAAAGGCUGCUCUCAUUGAAAAGCGAAGCAAACUUGGAGAAAGUCAGACGUUGCAGCAAUUCAGUCGUGAUGCGGAUGAGAUUGAGAACUGGAUUGCGGAGAAAUUCCAAGUUGCUCAAGAAGAGAACUACCGCGACCCAACCAACAUCCAGCAAAAGCAUCAGAAGCAACAGGCAUUCGAAGCCGAGCUGGCUGCCAAUGCUGACCGUAUCGCCACUCUCAUCACGGCUGGUCAGAAUCUCAUAGAUGGAGCGAAAUGUGCUGGAGGGGAAGAUGCUGUCAGCGCGCGUCUGAAGGCAUUGAAUGACCAGUGGGAACUGCUCGUGAAGACUACCACAGAGAAAAGUUACAGACUCAAGGAGGCCAACAAGCAGAAGAGCUUCAUGGCUGCUGUUAAAGAUCUGGAGUUUUGGCUUGGUGAAGUUGAAAUCCUCUUGCAGUCUGAUGACUACGGAAAGGCCAGUGAUUUGGCUUCAAUCGAGAAUCUUCUGAAGAAGCACCAACUGCUUGAAGCCGACAUCAUUGCCCACCAGGAUCGCGUACAGGAGAUGAAUCAGCAAGCGGAUUCCCUUCUUGAACGAGAUCAGUUUGCUGGUCAGCAGAUUGCAGAGCGUCGCAAGGUGAUUGCUGAUCGCUAUGAGCGUGUGAAAGAGAUGGCAAAUGAUCGCCGUGACAAGCUUAACGAGGCCCUCAAUGUUCACCAAUUCUUCCGUGACAUCGAUGAUGAGGAGUCAUGGAUCAAGGAGAAGAAGCUUCUUGUCUCAUCGGAUGACUAUGGACGUGAUCUUCCCGGUGUGCAGAACCUCCGCCGUAAACAUCGUCGCCUUGACACCGAGCUGGCAAGCCAUGAACCUCUGGUUUCCCAAGUUCGCCUGAAGGGAGAAGAGCUCUUGCGCUCGUCAGGAAUCAGUGGAGAUGAAAUACAGAAGCGAAUGGCAGAUUUAGAACGUAGUUGGGGACAGAUUCGUGACCUUACUGGUAGGCGGAUACAGGCUAUGAAGAUGACGAAACAAGGCCGACAUCUGAUCGAUCGGAACAACAGUGAUGAGUCAUCAAAAGUAAAACAACAAGAAUAG